UUUGUAAGAAGAUGAUGCAAUAAAAUAAAUGUAUAUUUGCCUUCUGUGCUGCGUUAAAUCGCGGGAUUUCAUCUUCGGUUUAUGAUAUUAGUACGGAAAAACUUAGGAAUGUUUAAAAAAUUUUUUUAAAGAAUGUGCUCAUGAAAUUAAAAAUUUAUUUCAUUCAUCGUUAAUCAUGACACAUGGUCUUCGAAUAAUUAGAGAAGUAUUUCUUUCUCCAACAUGCCGACUACAAAACAAACUUCAAUUAAAAUCAAUAAUUUACUGUUGUAACACUUGUCAAACAAGGACGUUCUUUAGAGUAUAUUCUCUAAAUAAGCUACCUGUUUCUGAAAAUGGGAAAAGAAUAUCAAGUCCAAUUAUCAGCCCUAUAUAUUACAAUGUUAAACUCUUCCACCAGUCUCAUAGCAACUAUUCUAGGCCUGACUUGUACAAAAUUCUUGGAGUAUCACGAAAUGCAAGUCAGAGUGAAAUAAAAAAGGCAUAUUAUCAACUUGCUAAGAAGUAUCACCCAGAUACCAAUAAAGAUGAUCCCGCUGCAGCAAAAAAGUUUCAAGAAGUAUCAUCAGCUUAUGAGGUGCUUGGUGAUGAGAAAAAGCGACGAGAAUAUGACGAGUGGGGUACUCAAGCAGAAUUUGGCAAUCAGAGAGGAGCAUCAGCUAAUGAAUUUAGAUUUCAUUCUAAUAUUGAUCCUGAGGAUUUAUUCAGGCAAAUAUUUGGAAAUCUCAAUUUUAAUCCCAGAAUGCAAGAUUUUGAUUAUGCUGAUAGUCGGUUUGGAUAUGGUGCAUCUGAACAUGUUCAAGUCCAACUAGAAUUUCAUGAAGCUGCUCGAGGUUGUCAAAAACAUACUUCUGUAAAUGUUGUAGAUGUUUGCACUGUUUGUAAAGGAACCUGUUGUGUUCCUGGUACAAAAAUGGCUCGUUGUGACCAUUGCAAUGCCACUGGAAUGGAAACCAUCUCUACUGGUCCUUUUAUUAUGAAAACAACCUGUCGAAAAUGCCAUGGUACUGGAAUGUUCAAUAGAUAUCCUUGUCUUGAGUGUGCUGGUAAAGGUUCCACAGUUCAACGAAAAGCUGUAUUAAUUAAUGUUCCUCCUGGUGUCGAAGAUGGUCAGACAGUUCGAGUGAAAGUUGGAAAUCAAGAAGUUCUUGUUACAUUUAGGGUUUCUGAAAGUAAAUAUUUUCGAAGAGAUGGCACUGAUAUACAUACUGAUGCAGAAAUAAGUGUUUCACAAGCAAUUUUAGGAGGAGAAACAAAAGUACAGGGCCUUAUGGAAGAUAUAGUUUUAAAGAUUCCUCCUGGCACACCUUCACAUAAAGUAUUUAGAUUUCCUGGAAAAGGAAUUAAAAGACAGACUGGUUAUGGUCAUGGAGAUCAUUAUGUUCACAUCAAAAUUGCAAUUCCUCCGAGACUUGAAGGUGCUCAAUAUGAUCUGAUUAAAGCCUUUGCUGAGUUGGAACAAAACACUCCUGGAACUAUCCAAGGCAUUUCAUCCUCGAAAAAAGUGAACACAGAGUAUGCAGGGAAGGAAGGAAAGGAAGAAAAAGACAAGAAAGGAAUCCUAGAAAAAAUUAAGUCGGCUAUAUUUGGUUGAUAGUUAUGUAAAAUAUUAAAAUAUUGUAAACAUUUUAAUGUAAAUUAGUGCUUCCAAAACAAUCAUGAAAUAAAGCAUUUUUACUGACCUGA